AUGGCCUCAAAAGAAGUGAAGCUCUCCGGAAUGCCGGCCUUCAUCACGGACAAGAACAAUCCAGUCGGCUACUGCGUGCAGGGUGCCAUUGAGCUUUUGGGCUUUGGUUUGGCAAUGUUUGGCAUGGAUUCACGCCGCUUGAUCCAACGCUGCACCAAGCCAGAUGCCAAGGAGUUCAAGAAGAUUGCAGUCGCCUGCGCCAUCGGCUUCUCCAUCAUGGGCUUCAUCGGCUACACAGUGAAGCUGGUCUUCAUCCCUAUCAACAACAUCAUUGUGGGUGGCAGCUAA